UCGUGCUAUAAACUGACGUGUCAUGUCAAUCUCACGUGUCGAGGGUUGCUAGGCAACAGAAAGGUAAACAAAAUUACUCGCAGGUAUAAACAAUGGCUUAAAUCAUCAUACUAGGUAAAUUCACCUCGACAUCCCAAUUAACUGCAAUAUAAAUUUAAAUAACUGGUCCAUCAUGCACAUUAUUUUGGCUGUUAUCCAGCUGUACUUGUUUCCAUUAAGAGUUCAUUGGUGCUAAAAUAUAAAAUAACGAUAAAAAUAAUAAAAAAAUAAAAUAAAAGGUAAGCUGAAAUGACAACAUGCUGUCGGACUUCCGAUGUAAAAAGUUCUGUUUACAAUCAAAAAGGAGAAAGUUAUUUCGAGCAAUUAGCGGCGUACAAUCGUAUGUCCGCGCAUUUACGCCGUGUUUUAUUGGCAAAAAGCAGAGUUGAUUCAAGAAACGAGAGUUAUAUGCUAAAAAAAAGGAGUAUGUCUGCUGGUAGAGUUAAAUCUAUUCCAAGUCCACCGCAAGAGUUUAUUGACAGAGUCGCUUAUGACACAGAACAUCAUCCUCUGGAUGUUUUGAGAAUGGGCUACAGCGUUACUGAUUACACCAGGUCAAAAACUCCCAAAAAAUGUGCCGCGGGUUGCAGUGUCUGGGACGAUGAUUGUCCGAAAGCGCGUUCCAAUUUAACGCGGACCUUAGAAAGUGAACGAGGUCGCUCGUUGUCGAGAUCAAGGCCAAGAUACUCAUCUGGUUUGUCAUUUCAUUCGGCACGUCCUGGGUCUUUUACUAAAAGAAACUGCAAAAAUUACGACAAAAAUCAGGAAUUAGAGGAAGAAAAUAAUGAUGAAGAAAUAGAAGGUUGUUAUGGUGGAAAAUGUAAUAACUAUAGUGUUAAUUCAAGUACUCGUUCGUCUCCAAGUAGGUCAGCAAAAAGUAAAGGUGAUAACGAUCACGCCGGGUCAGCGUAUGAAUCAAGUUUUGAAUCACCCUCAGAAGGUUCACAUUCACGGCGUAAUUCUGCAGCCUCCAAGGACUCAGCUUCAAGCCGCAGUAACGAGAAUUCAUUAUUAAGUACUCGUAAACGAGAUAUUGAAGCCUGUAGUGUAGUUAACGUGUCUGAUGAAACCAAGUACUCGAAAUUUUUAUACGAUAUUACUCAAGAGAUUGUUCAGAAUGGUUAUUAUAAAGAUGAAGAGCUUAGAAGUGUUUUUCAGAAGCAUAUUCAAAGAAAUUCUGAUACACUUGAUAAGAAUAAAAUGAUGUAUGAAUUGUAUCAAUUAAAAUUAUCAUUGAACAUAGUCGACCACUAUGACGAAGACGAGGAAGAAAGAAUAGAAAAAUUUAUAAAAUCCCGAAAAUAUUUAUCAGUAUCGCCGCUAAAGCCACCGACUCCGCCAAAAAUAUUAGACGAAAACAAGAUGACUGAUAAAUUGAUGAAUCCAGAGGAACUGAAAGAAGCGUACAGUAAAUCUCCUCACAGCGGUAGAAAUACUGUCGUGCUAGUUGACGCAAAUCCGGAGUUAUUAAUCACGGAAAGGGACGUAUUGGCAACCCUUAUGGAGAUGAAUAUCGAUCCAGAUCAAGCGCACAGGGUUUACAAGCGUUUGCUGAAAAGGAGCAAAGAUUUGCAUACAUUGCAAAUGGUGCACGCAAGAAGAAAGGAUGCGGGGAUUUCUCCUAUCGCUUCCUCGACAAGGAUCCAAGGAUUCCGUAGCCGGUCCACCCAGCCAAACGAUUAUCAUCAACAUCAGUUUCAUACUCAGUACCAAUACGAUAUUAGAUGUGGAGAGACUUCAAAGAGAGAUUUCAAUGGAAGCCAAAUCCAAUUGUUUACUUCCACCGACGAUUCUUUGAAGAUACAACCUCCUCUGUGUUUCUGUUUGAAAAAAAAUUUAUCUGCGGUACAAAAUGAUGGAAGUAAAAAAAAAGCUAAAGAAUGUUUUUGUAAAUCAAGACUGAGAAAUAAAUCACCUUGUGAGAUAUUAUCCAGCAUUUCAGCGAAGAAAAAACAGAUGGAAAAAAUGAUCAAUCAAACAAAAUUAAAUCCCAAGAGAUGUUAUUGCCCGAAAAAGGAAAUCAAGGAUAGUAGAAAUAAAAUAGAAUCCAAUAAAAGCGCCCCAGAAGUUAAAGUUAAAAUAAAAGAUAAUAAAAAUUCAAGAAAAAUAAACCACCGAGAAGAAGCAUCGAUUAAAUUUAAACAACGAACGGAAAGAUUUGAAUUAUCUAGCAGAGAAUCGGUAGAUAAAGAUGUUGAGGUAAAAAAUUCCCAAGAGGAAAGUGGAACAGAUGAUUCAAGUGCGUCACGAGUGACUCGACUUUCGUUUCCUGCAGUGCGAGGCCCAGGCGAAGGAGGCCUAGACGUCACGUCGGGACUUUCUCUUGACAUGAAAAAAAGUGGAACCAAAGAAAUUAAAAGUUCCGUUACUGCGGACGAAUCUACGGGCCGUGAAUUUCAAUUGUCGGCGUCGAAUUAUGAAUCGAAUUAUCAAGACACUGACCAGGAGUCGAUUGCUGAGUCUUAUUCAGACGUCGAAGACUCUUCUGAGGUCAAAGACAAAGAUGACAUAAAAAUAGAGGCCCGAUUUUUCCGCGAUGACGCACGCAGAGAAUUGUUGAUUAACCAGGAAGUCCCGAAACUUGAAUCAAAACAGUCUAGAAAAAGACAAAUAUGUUCGUCACAUACAAACUAUAAUUCAAAACGAAUGCACACUCAAGUACAAAUUCAAGAUUCGCAUUUGCAUGGCUGCGCAACAGUCUGUCCUAAUCUUCCUCAGAAAAAAAUAAAUACGUUGUGUAAAUCAUGCGAGAUGUCUGUAAAAAAAUUGUAUUAUUAAUUUUAAAUAAAUUGUUUAUCUAAUUUA